AUGGUCACCUACACACAAGAAGAAAAGAACAAACUCACCACCAGAUUCGAAAAACAAGCCGCUGAAAGGAAACAAUCUCUUGAAGAAGAACUUCAAAAAUUAACCAAAACAUUUAUAAAUAAAAUUGAAAGAAGAUCUCAAAGAAUUCCUAAGAAAUUCAUGGAUUUAAAAAUUAAAGAUGUAUUAGAUGUUGAAAGAGAUCAUAAAUUAAAAUUAUAUAGUCUUUUGAAAGAUAUUAGUUUGAUGAAAAGGCAAUAUCAAGGGGGGAUGAUUGAUAAAGAGACUCAAUUGGAGAUUUCUAAACAGGUGAAGAAACAAGAGAAGGAAUCAAGGAUGGAGAAGUUGAAAAAGAAGAGGAAUUCAAGAGUUAAUAAAUAG